AUGGUCAAAUGGUUUGAUCUAGAAAGACGUUUGAAAAUGCAAAACACCAUAGAUCAAGAGACUGAAGCUCAAAUUAGAUCUGAAGCUCAACGCUGGAAGAGUAUCAUGGAAAGGCUUUUAGCAAUUAUACAGUUUUUGUCUUCUCACAAUUUAGCAUUUAGAGGUCAUAAAGAAACAAUAACUACAGACAGUUCAGAUAGAAGUGGUAAUUUUCUAGAUCUUGUAAAACUAAUUGCUAAAUUUGACCCUAUUUUAAGAGAACAUUUAAAUCAUGCCACCAACAAAACAAUAGCCAGAAAUCAUUACUUAAGCAAAGAAAUUCAAAAUGAGUUUAUAUCCCUAAUGGCAAAUCAUGUUGUAAAAAAAAUUAGAGAAAAAAUAAUAAAAAACAAAUACUAUGCAAUCAUUUUGGACUGUACGCGAGACAUUGCAAGAGUUGAACAACUUUCUGUGAUUUUGAGAACUACUUAUAUGGAAACUGCUACAAUUGAAGAGCAUUUUAUCGGGUUUGUUGCUGUUGAAACAACUACUGCCGAAGAUUUAACCGACUACUUGUUAAAAGAACUUGAAAAUCUUGGCUUAACUCUAGCUGACUGCAGAACUGCAGAGAGCAGAGUUACGACAAUGGAUCGAAUAUUUGAGGAUUGGAACUUGAUUUUAGGUGAUGCAGCGUCAUCUAGCGUUCAAGCUCAGACAUUUUUUGGUACCUUACAAAGAUUGUACACGAUUUUUUCAUGCUCCUGUCAUAGAUGGGGCAUACCUAAAGAACAUGUAGACAUAUCAGUGAAGCCUCUGUCAGAAACUAGAUGGGAGUGUCGAGUGGAAUCUGUAAAAGCAGUUAGGUUCCAGUUGAGUAAGGUUUGCGACGCUCUGUUGAGUUUACGUGAAAAGAGUACAGACUGUUCACUUAUAAGCGAAUGCCAUUCAUUAGAAAAUAAAAUUUCGACAUUUGAGUUUGUUGUUUCAUUAGUCAUUUGGUACGACAUCUUGGUGAAAAUUCACGUUAUUAGUAAAAUGUGGCAAAGUCCAAAUAUGAACCUGGAUGUAGCAAUAAAUCAUUUAAAGAUAUUUUUAAAAUGGUUAGAUGAAUAUAGAGAGCAGGGUUUUGAGUCGGCACUAGUGACAGGUAGAGAAAUAGCUGGAGAAAUAGGACUCAGUGAAAUAACUUUUAAGUCUACAAGGCAAAGACAGAAGAGAAGACUGUUUGACUAUGAAGCUUCGGAUGAGACACCAGAUUUAUCACCAAUGAAUAGAUUUAAAAUAAGCUAUUUUUAUGUGGUAGUGGAUACAAUCCGUACAAGUUGCGAGCCAAGGUUUGAAGCUCUGAAAUGCCAUGAAAAUAAUUUUGGUUUUUUGUAUAAGACAAUGAAUCUUUCCACAAUGUCUGAUGAAGAGCUGUUAAACAACUGCAAAGAUUUACAAGUUACACUAUCAAUAGGAAAUGAACAUGACAUAGAUGGAUUAGAUUUGUUUGAAGAGCUAAAAAUAUUUUCAAGUGUCAUGAUUGAAGUAGAAUCUCAGCAGAAAAAAAAGGAAAAACUGAACAAAAUGGAAUAG